AUGAAGUUAGUCCGGUUUUUAAUGAAAUGCGCCAAUGAGACGGUGACCAUUGAGCUCAAGAAUGGAACCAUUGUCCAUGGCACCAUCGCCUCCGUCUCGCCCCAGAUGAACACCGCCCUCCGCACCGUCAAGAUGACCAUCAGGGGCCAGGAUCCCAUCUCCCUGGACACAAUGAACAUCCGUGGCUCCACCAUCCGUUACUUCAUCCUCCCCGACUCGCUACCUCUUGAUACCCUUCUGGUCGACGACGCACCCAAGCCAAAGAACAAAGCCCGCAAAGAGGCCGAGCGCGGAGGUGGCGGCGGCGGCGGCGGCAUGGGCCGUGGUCGCGGCAGGGGAGGCGGCAGAGGGCGCGGCCGUGGUGGUCGUGGUCGUGGAAGGGGUUAA